AUGGCCGACGCAUUGAAUCUCCAGAACGCCCUCAGCGUAGCGCGAAACAUCCCCGCCCUCACAGGCACCGUGACGGUCGUGGACGACGCCGGAAAGGUCGUGACCACUUCCAAAAACAUCUUCUCCGCCUUCAAGUCCGCGCGCGAAGCCUACAAAGCCCGCAAAGCCGAGAUCGCCUCCGAGCGCCACGGCGAAGCAACCCAACGCCGCCUCGAAGCCAUCCAACGCCGCCCCGAGCUCAUCGCCGCCUCCUCCUCCUCCUCCUCCUCCUCCUCCCGCCGCGAUCACCGCUCCCACAGACAAAUCACAGCCUCCGCCGACGACCCCGCCGCAGAUGACGACAGCCAGCGCAAAAAGGACAAGAAGCGCUCCAAGUCACGCAAGCACCGCGGCGACGACGACGAGGGCUCCUCCCGCCGCGGCAGUGGUGCGGUGGUGAGACGGGGCUUGGCAGACACGAUGCAGACAGAGUCGACGCUGGUGACCCCCGGCGCGCACGCGCAGCAGAUGGCGAUGCUGCACCACAACGCGUCGCUACUGACGCUUGCGCCGGUGGCAAUGCUGGCCGGCGGGGACCCGCUGGCCGAGACGCUCCACGGGCUGCUGAUGACGCUGCAGAGCACCAUCGACGAGAUGUCGUGCAUCACGGCCGGCAUUGGCGAGUUUAUCAGCGAGCUCCAAAAAGUCCCCGACACGCUCGCCGUCGUCGGGCUGACACUUGCCGAGAUCAGCGCGCUCGUGGCCAAGAUCUCGCCGGCGGCGAUCAUGGGGAUGAAGAGCGCCUUUCCCGUGAUUUUCGGCUUGCUCAGUUCGCCGCAGUUUGCGGUUGUGGCGGGCGUGGGGAUGGCGGCGACGGUGGUUGUGCUGGGCGGGCUGCGGAUCGUGGCGAAUAUGGCGGGGGCUGGGGAGAAGGAUGAGGAGGAGGAGGAGAGGGAUUUGGAUUUGGAGUUUGGCGUGACGCAGUUGCCGGAUGAUAUUGAGGAGCCGGAGCCGCCGAGACGGGCGGCGACGGAGCCUGUGCCCGUAAGGGCUAUUAUGCCGGCGCCGCCGGUACAGGAGGGUUCGUUUGGUGCUUAUGGUGUGGGGGGUGCAAUGGCGGCGGCGGAUGAGCGCGAGAUGAGGAGGAGGAUGAAGAGGCGCGAGAGCGAGAGUGCGGCGGCGGUGAGGGGUGGCAGGGCAGAGAAGGCGGGUAAGGUGGUGCCGCCGGAGAAGGAACGAGAGAGGGAGAGGGAGAGGGAGCGGUCACAUAGGGACCGGCCCAGACUGGAGCGCGGAGAGAGCAGCCGCCGCCAUGAGAGGUCGGAUAAAGACAGGAGCGAGCGCCGCGAGAAACGGGACAAGAGCGAGAGACACGAGAGGAGCGACCGCAGCGACCGGAGCGGUGGCAGCGGCGGCGGACACGAGCGCCACGAGAGAAGCGAUAGACACGAGCGCAGCGAGAGGAGCGAGAGGAGUGAUCGGGGCGAUAAGGACAGGAAGAAGGAGAAGAAGGAGAAGGAGCUGCCGCCACUCCCGCCCGCGCCCGCACCGUCAAAGUUCUCAUUGAUCCGCAGAGCGACGGCGCCGGCGGCGCCGAUAGAGCAGCAGCAGCAGCAGCAGCAGCAGCAGAGGCCCGCACCGCCGAGGCGGACGCCGACGGGGUUGAGUGCGUUUUCGUUGGGGUCGUCGAAGUCGUCGUCGUCGGCGUCGUCGUCGGCGGUGGCGGCGGAGGAGCGGGAGAGGGUCAAGCCGAAGAAGAAGAUGUUGGCGUUCUUUGAUGGGCGGUCGUAG